AUGAUCACGAAUCUCGUUGUUCUUAUGAUACUUGCGACAGCCGUAUUCAACGUCAUUAAAUGUCGUGAAGUAACAAUCAGUAAUAUAAUUCCUCGCCGAGAUACAAAUGGAACUAUAAUGGAUGCGCAUGAUGGUAGUAUCUUUUUGUACGACGGUCUCUAUUACUACUAUGGAGCAAGUUAUGGCCUAUGCACAGAACCACCAGGUCCGUCAGGUUGUAGUGUAUGGCAUCCUGGUGGAUGCGGUUUUCAACUCAAUCAUAAUAUUAGUCUAUAUACUUCGAUGGACCUUUCUGCGUGGACAUUUCGUGGAUAUGCCUUUCAAAUGUCUUCAAUGAAGACUCAAGGAAUAAUGUUUUGUCCUCGUGUUUUACCAAAUCCAAAGACAAAAAAAUGGAUUAUGUGGUUCAAUUUCUUGCCAGCUACAGGUACAGGUGUCUCUGAAUCGCAAUAUGCUGUGGCCAUAUCGGAUACACCGCAAGGUCCUUUUCAACUAGUUACCGAUAAAGUUACCACUCUAGCGUGGGAAAAUACGGGAGAUUUAAAUCUUUUUCAAGAUAAUAACGGUGAUGCUUAUAUCAUUUAUACUUCGCAUAUUGAUGGCCAAAUUUACAAUCCGAGUCAUUUAAUGUCUGUAGAGAAACUGUCCGAUGACUAUCUCAGUUCGCUUGGUAAAGAAUUCAAUAGUGGAUAUUUUGGAGAGAACUUUGUUGAAGCUCCCGCAAUGUUCAAACGCAAUGGAAUCUACUAUGCAGUAUUUGGUCAAUGCUGUUGUUACUGCGCAGAAGGGUCUUCGGUCACUGUCUAUAACUCUUCGUCUCCACUCGGUCCUUUUUCAACGAUGAAUAAUCUAGGCAAUGAAGGGCAUGCUCAACAAUACAAUAUUCUACAGUAUAAAACUACUGAAAAUGAAGGUUAUGGAUACUUGUGGCAAGGUGAUAGGUGGCAAAGUUCUCCAGAUGGAGCUAAAGGACAUGAUUUUACCUACUGGUCUCCUCUUUUGUUUGAUCAGGAUGGCAAUGCUAAGUAUAUGAACUACACUGCAAAUUUUACCAUCGAUGUAAUUUCCAAUCUUCAAUAA